CUUCCGGGUGCGAGGAUAAGCUAACUGGGCAGAGCCGCGGCCGCAGAGCCCGGGCGCAGUCGGAGCGGACGGGUUCCGACGCCAGCGCGAUGUGGCUGUUGCUGCUGCCGCUGGCUGCGCUGCUGCUGGCCGUCCUCGGCAAAGUUUGCGCGGGGUUGUUCUCCGGCAGCUCCCCGAACCCCUUCUCCGAGGAUGUCAAGCGGCCACCCGCGCCCCUGGUGACCGACAAGGAGGCCAGGAAGAAGGUUCUCAAGCAAGCUUUCUCAGCCAGCCGAGUGCCAGAGAAGCUGGAUGUGGUGGUGAUAGGCAGUGGCUUUGGGGGCCUGGCGGCAGCUGCGAUCCUGACCAAAGCCGGCAAGCGAGUUCUGGUGCUGGAACAACAUACCAAGGCAGGAGGCUGUUGUCAUACCUUUGGACAGGAUGGCCUUGAAUUUGACACGGGAAUCCAUUAUAUCGGGCGCAUGCAGGAGGGCAGCUUUGGCCGUUUUAUCUUGGACCAGAUCACUGAGGGGCAGUUGGACUGGGCCCCCACGGCCUCUCCCUUUGACAUCAUGGUGCUAGAAGGGCCCAAUGGCCGAAAGGAGUUUCCCAUGUACAGUGGGGAGAAAGCCUACAUACAGGGCCUCAAGGAGAAGUUCCCCCAGGAGGAAGCUGCCAUCGACAAGUAUAUAAGGCUGGUUAAGGUGGUAUCCAGAGGAGUCAUUCAUGCCAUCUUGUUGAAGAUCCUCCCGCUGCCCAUGGUUCAGGCCCUCAACAAGUAUGGGCUGCUCACCCGUUUCUCUCCGUUCCUCCAUGCAUCCACCCAGAGCCUGGCCAAGGUCCUGCGGGAGCUGCCAGCCUCCCCGGAGCUCCAGGCCGUGCUCAGCUACAUCUUUCCCACUUAUGGUGGGUACUGGCCUUGGGCCCCAGGCAGCUCCUGGCUCUCAGUCUUUCUCCCUGAGCCUGCUUGGCUGACUGAAAUGGAACAGCACACACCCCAGGCCCUCUGGAGUUUAUGGAGGAGAUGUCUGUCCACCUCCCUACUGGACACACUGAUAAAAAUUCCCUUCACCCACGCCCUGGAUGAC